AUGCUGGGCUAUUUCGACCCUGAGAGCAAAAGAGUUAAGAAGUGGUUGAACCCAAAGGCUUUUGAGCGUCAGCAUACAGCGAGCCAGGAAGAUGUAGUUGUCGAUGACGUUCUCAAAUCCUUAGACCCAGGCCAGCUGGAAGCUCUUGGCCUAGAUCCCUCUCUCUUGUUAACUGGAGCUGAGAAGGAGGGAAAUGUUGCUCCGACAAAGGUUGCUAUGUUCCAUCCCACCGUUGAGUCCUUGCGCGAAACUAUCGAGGAAUCACCGCACAAGUAUAAUCACAUUUAUCAUGUCAUUGAUGCUGCCGAUUUCCCCAUGUCGCUCAUCCCACGACUCAAUGUUCUUCUCGGCGACAUUCCCAUCAGGACGCGCAAUCGAAGAUCACGAUCGGCCAAGUACCAAAAUGAUCGCAAGACAGAGCUGAGCUUUAUCAUCACUCGGGGCGACCUUCUUGGCCCUACGAAAGAGAUUGUGGACUCAAUGAUGCCCUACCUUCGUGAAGUACUACGAGAUGCUCUUGGCCGACUUGGAGGUAGGGUUCGUCUUGGCAAUGUUCGAUGCGUCAGCGCAAAGCGUGCUUGGUGGUGCACGGAGGUUAAAGAAGAUAUCUGGCAGCGUGGCGGCGCGGGGUGGAUGGUUGGAAAGGUCAAUGUGGGCAAAAGCCAGCUCUUUGAGGCUGUCUAUCCCAAAGGCAGAAUGGGACCAAGCAAGGACGCAGGGAGGGCAUCAGUAUCAACAUAUCCCCGGGAUAGCGUCAGUGCGGAAUCUAUAUAUGCCGAACAGGUCGGAGAGCAAGACGUCGAUGUUGGGGAAUUGCUUCCGCCCCCUCAGCCGGCUCAGAACUAUCCCGACAUGCCUCUAGUAUCUUCACUGCCUGGAACAACAGCAUCCCCAAUUCGAGUACCUUUUGGAAACGGAAAAGGCGAAUUAAUCGACCUUCCUGGCUUGGCACGAAGCGACUUGGACUUGUUUGUGAAGGAGGAAUGCCGUCAAUCAAUGAUCAUGAAGAAGCGCAUUGUGCCUGAGCAGAUUUCAAUGACGCCUGGCAAGUCCCUCAUACUAGGAGGAGGUCUUAUUCGCAUCACACCAAAGAACCCGGGCUUGGUGUUCCUGGCAUACAACUUUACACCUCUGGAGGAGCAUCUCACUCAGACUGAGAAGGCCAUUGCUUUCCAGGAGCAGACCCGAGAAUCCAUCGGUGUACCAAGUAUCAUGCUUCCUGGAAUUGGAGGCAAGAUGAAGCAUGCUGGAACAUUUAAGCUGUCUCACGACGUCACCAGACAAAGAGCCGGCCCUCUAACGCGGAAGAAUGCGAUUGGGUUAAACGUCGACAGGCUUCCUUUCCGAGUGUUGUCGACAGACAUCCUCAUCGAGGGUGUAGGCUAUGUUGAGCUUGUUGCUCAAGUCCGCGCGCAGGAUGUUGCUGUGAAGGUAUUCCCAGACCAACAACCCCGGCUCGAGGAAAGGAUCAAGCCGAAGCAGGUCGAUACAUCUGAUCCUUUUGCAGCCAUGAGGGCUCAGAGAGUAGAUGCAAAUACUCCGGCGGUGAAGAAGCGCAAGGAACCUGAGCCUAAGCCUGAGCCUGUGAUAGAGCCUGGCUGGCCAGCAGUUGAUGUCUUCAGUCCCGAGGGGCGAUUCAUUGGCUCUCGUCAACCUAUCCAAGGAUGGUUACACAACAAGCCUCGUGUGUUGCCAGAGCACAAGAGGAGUCGACCGCGAAGAAGUAUGAAGGGUGCCAAGAAAAAAGACAAAGCCGAGAAGAGAGCUGCGAUCAACUGA